GUCCUGAUGCCCGUUAUCCCAGGUCCUUCCUCAAAGAGGCACACUUACUGCACUGGAAUGGCCACUUCAAGCCCUGGGACUACCCCUGCGCUCAUCUGGACCUCUGGGAGAAAUGGUUUAUCCCAGACCCCACAGGAACAUUCACCCUGGUGAUCUUCAAGAAGAGUUGUCUUACCUGAAAGCAGAGGUGUUUCCCCACCUAGAUGCACUUUGCCAGACAAGAGGCGCCUGUUUCAGACCCGUGGACUUACAGCGAAGCAAACAAGAAAGGGAUUAUAAAAAUAAUGACAAUGAUGAACAUCAGAUAAAUAAGCCAGAUCUUUUCGACCAGCAGUUGAAAAUCAGUUUGGAUCUCAUCGACCGCUCAUCUUUUUUAAUCUGUCUUCUUGGACACAGCUAUGGACAAUGUCUGCCAGGAGAGAAUGGUUCUCAAUCUGAUGUCGGCCCAUGUUCUUUGUCUGAGGUGGCAAGGAACUUGCAUGUUGCUGCAAAGGCUGGUUACCCUUGGGUCAUGGAGGACAGGUAUCGCACCUGUAGCCUGACAGAGCUGGAGAUCACCAAGGCAGCCUUCAUUGACAACCACAGAAGCUGCUUCUUUUAUUUUAAAGACUGUACCCCACAGGAUGUGGAGGAUGACAGCAGUGAUGAAAUGCACAUCUUCUUGAACAUGCUAUCCAAUCAGAGCAAAAGCGAGAGACAGAGAAUGAGAGAUCUAAAAAGAAGGAUCAUAAAUCUUUGUCUUCCUGUCAGAUUCUUCAGAAACCUCAAUGAACUUAAGGAGAUGAUAAGGGUGGAUUGGGAAGGAGUCAUUUCUAAGUUUCAUGAGGAUCCAAAACAUCCCAUUUUAGGAUGGCAGGAUUCAUUCGAUUGGCAUCACCAACAGAGCCAUGCACGUGGAUUGUGUGACUGGUUUGUGCCCUCAGUGCCCACCACAGAAAUACUGAAUGCAAUAAACACAUUUCUGCAUUCUAUAAUCCAUAAUACAAAAUCUGAGACACACUCAAAAAACCCAAGUGCUCAUUUCACAUGUGAUUUUGACCAGAAAGACUCCGUGAAGUCUAUCUUACUGGUAUGUGGUGAAAGGGGUUGUGGGAAGUCCACUCUGGCAGCGAGGUGGCUGCGAACCUUCUGCCGACAGAAUCCUGAUUUUCUAGUCAUUUCUCACUUCUGUGAAACCAGCACAUCCAGCACUGAUGUCAGGUCUAUGCUUAGACAGUGUACUGCCCAACUUCGAAGAGCACAUUAUGGUGAUUUUCCAGAUUGGGAAGACAUCAUUGAGUUUGAGUACCUCCAUCGAGCUGUCCAGGCAUUUACGGCAGCAGCCAAUCUUGGGCCUUGUAUUCUUCUUCUAGAUGGUAUUGACCUUUUGACAGAAACACUUGGACUCUCAACGCAAGAGGUGAAGGCACUACAAUGGCUGCCAGAUCCUCUGCCUCACUGUUGCAAAAUGAUCAUCACAACAACCUUUACUGACCUCACUUACAAAAGUCUCACCAGCAGGACUGAUGUCCAGAUUCUCAGCUGUCCCCAUAUCUCCGAUCCUAGUGUUCAGCAGAGCAUUUUACUCAGACAUCUGGCUUUACCUUACAAGGAGCUGCCAACCAGUGUUUUGCAAAGAAUUGUGCGUAAGAAGCAGUGCCACCUGCCGGCUUUUUUAGCGCUCAUUGGCACAGAGUUACGGACGUGUGCAUUGCUGAGGGAGAAAGAGCAAGAGAUGGAGCUGUUGCAGGAGUAUGUAGAAGCUGAUUCGGUUCCAGAGCUCUGGGUGAAGGUCAUACAUCGCUGGGUAAAAGAUUUCAGCAGAACUGCUCCAACAGAAGUCACUGAGACUCGGACAAGCACUGCAUCACUAUAUGUUUUUGAUCUCUCAGGCUGGGUGUGGGACACACUCUGUCUCGUUCAUGUGUCUCGUGCUGGCCUGACUGAGGCUCAGGUUCUGGCUUUGUUGGAAGAUCUAGGUUACUGUGGUAAUCUAAGAGUCGAGGGUUUGGAAUGGGCCCGAUUGCGCUCUGCUUUUUGGCCUUGGGUUAAGGAGAAAUACAAUGGUCUUCUGACCAUCAUGCAUCAGUCCCUCAGCCAGGCAAUGAGCCUGUUGUUGCAUGGUAUGGAGGGUCAGAAUUCCUAUCAUCUGAUCCUUGCUACGUUUUUUCAGAAGUCCAGUUUAGAGCUUUGUAGCUGGGCAAGAAAGGUGGAAGAGAUUCCUUGGCAUCUCAAGCAAACUGGUUCAUUCAAGGAGUUGAAUGACUUCCUUAGCGAUCCAGCUGCCAUGGAGUUUUUGUCAAGCAACCUGAAGCGAUACCCACAGAUGACAAUUGAUGUUGUACAUUAUUGGACACUACUAAGGGAGAGAGGAUUUGAUUCUGUGACGUCAUUCCAGAAUAUGAUGGCUCAGACUUGGGAGCGUCUUAAUGACGCUCACCCUCCAGAUCCCAGCAGUGUGUGGCGAUUAACAUUGUUCUGCUGUAAAGUUCUGCUCUGUUUGGGUGAGAUACAGCAAGCUGAGGAGCUGCUACUAAAAGCAGAUCAAAUUUUCCAGAAGGGAAUGGAGCAGGAUUGUGACAGUAUGAGGUUACUGCUCAAAGUGCAGCAUAUGCUGGCAGAGCUUUACGUCCGUAUGCAUCUGCCGAAAGACUCAGAGAUGUAUUGCCACAAGGGACUUGAGACUGCCAGGUGUCUUACAGUAGCCCGUCUUGACAGCGCAGAGGUCAAACUGAUAGUUGGACAGCUGCUUUGUCAUCUGUGUCUGGCAUUGCUGGCGGAUGGACGGGUAUAUGCAGUGCCAGGGCUUUUCAAAGAGAUCAGCUCUUCUAGAUACAUUUCUGUCCAUCCUUGUGCUGAAGGCACAGCCAUGCUACUGAAGGCCAUUCACAAGUUGAGUCUUUGUAAGCCCAAGACUGCCGAGAGAUGCUUCCAAGCUGCACUGGCCAGCAGGAGGCGCUGGUGUGGCCAUGAUCAUCCUCUGGUAGCAGAAGUGGAGGAGCAGCUUGCAGAUCUCUGGGCCAGUGCUCAAACCAAUACAGAAUGGACACAGAGGAAGAUUGUUGAACUGUACCGCCAUGCUUUAAGCACGACAGAGACUGAGGCUCGGACAUUGCAACUUCCCACCGCGCAACACAACCUUGCUGUCGUUCUUAUGAAGCUUGGUAAAGUGUUGUUGCGUAGCUGCAGUAGAGUGGAGAGGAGAGAGGGGCUGGAUCUACUCCAGAGAGCUGCAGACAUAAGGAUUCACCUCCUGGGCCCUGAGCACCCACUGACCCGAGACCUGGAGCAGUGAGCUCCAUUUCAUUACACUACAACUGCUUUUAAGAAUAGGAGCUUCUCUACAGACAGAUCGUCAUCUUGUAACCAGGAUUAAACCCUAAAAAGACAGUGAGGUUCUCAGCUUUCUGUAUUUGGGCCACAGAGUGACAUUUGGUUUAUUUGACCAGCAACUGUCUCUUACCAGAUCAACCGAAGGGGGGGCUUUCCCAGGGAGACGGAUCAUCCAGAGGAAGCUCUCAAGGCACUGAACAGAAAGAUGAGAAGACUAACUUCUAACUGCAUAUCACUUUGUCACAUGGUCAGACCAGUCAUGUCUUUUAUUGUAAGAGGCACAUUAUUCU